UUGUUUUCUUAGAUGGCUUCCGUAAUAGAUGCCAGAUAUGGACACAAGGAUGCUUCCGACCAGAACUUUGACUAUAUGUUCAAACUCCUGAUCAUUGGCAACAGCAGCGUGGGCAAGACGUCCUUCCUCUUUAGAUAUGCUGAUGACACUUUCACACCCGCCUUUGUCAGCACAGUGGGAAUCGACUUCAAAGUGAAAACUGUUUACAGGAAUGACAAGAGAGUGAAACUACAGAUUUGGGAUACUGCUGGACAAGAAAGAUACAGGACCAUUACUACUGCCUAUUACCGAGGAGCCAUGGGAUUUAUCCUUAUGUAUGAUAUUACUUGUGAAGAGUCCUUCAACGCUGUUCAGGACUGGGCCACUCAGAUAAAGACCUACUCCUGGGAUAAUGCCCAAAUUAUCCUUGUUGGAAACAAGUGUGAUAUGGAAGAUGAAAGAAUUGUUCCUUUUGAAAAAGGAAAACAUCUGGCUGAUCAGUUGGGGUUUGAUUACUUUGAAGCUAGCGCCAAGGAGAACAUCAAUGUGAGGCAAGUGUUUGAGCGUCUUGUGGAUAUCAUUUGCGAGAAGAUGUCAGACAGCAUGGAUUCAGAAGCUUCUAGAACUGCUGCUGGGAAGAACGUGCGUCUCACUUACAACCCACCUCCACUGCAACAGAACUGUUCCUGUUAGUGCCUCAAAAUCCCUAAGAAAGC